AUAAAUCGUUAAUUAAAAACGUAAAUAAAAAAGAAGUGCAAAAAUAAGCAAAGGAACAAUUUGAUUGAAAUUUAAAUCUUCGGAAGAAGAAAAUAAGUGUUGAAGUGUAAAGUGAAUAUUAUUUUGCUAAUUAAAAUUAUUUUGCAGUUUUGAAAAAAACGUGACCGAUUUGCGUGGCGAUAAACGAUUUUUCCAAUUAAUCGAAAUGAACUAAUUGAAAAGCGGAGUGAAGAAACUGUUUCUCCAGUCACUUUUUGGAUUUUUUAUCGUCUCACCACUUUGACAAUCAAGAGUUUGAAUGGAUGAUUCGUGAACGGAUUUUCGUGAUGUGUCAAAAAACACCGGACCCUUUGGAUGGAGAUUUUAGAACGAUAUGGAAGAUAUUUUCUUGAGGGUCUUUCUCAUUUUCGUUAUUUUGCAUCAAAACUCAGGACAAUUGAUUAGAGACACACGAUGCUUUCUGGAGAACGGAGCCACGGCGGCUCAUCUUUUCGUGAGCGAGGAUCAAAAAGUCGGAGACGUCAUAGGAGUUCUGAGAGUCCUUGGAGACCCGGGACCGCAAGGAGAUAUCGAACUGAGACUGCAGGAACACGAUAGUCCUGUUUCGUUUUCACCCCAUUCGAGAAAUUUGACCCUCACCAGACUACUGGACAAAGAAGGUGUCGAGGGUCCUGCCAGUGUUUACAUAAAUGCAAUCUGCGAAAGGAAGCACACGAUAGAUCCUGGAUUCGUGAUUCCGGUCAAUAUUCGUGUAACGGACGCUAAUGACAAUGCCCCUCAAUUUAUAAACGCUCCAUAUGUGUUAAAUAUUUCAGAGGUAACGGUAGUGGGCACGAGAGUAUUACAAGGCGUUAGAGCAGUGGAUGCUGAUCAACCUGGUCCAUAUUCCACCGUACAAUAUGCAGUUCUACCAGGACCCCAUUCGGAUUAUUUCAUCUUUGUGAACGCACUGGAGGGAACUCUGGUUCUCAGAAAGCCUUUGGAUUACGAAACUCUCAGCAAUUUCUCCGUCGGGAUUCGGGCACAAGAUCAAGGACUUCCGCCUCAAUCUUCAACGACAACAUUGUAUGUAAAUGUCGUGGAUGCGGAUGAUCAGAACCCAUCGUUCUUGAACAACGAGUACAAAGUCAGUGUUCCGCAACAUAUCCAAACGAGGAAAAUAUUAAGAGUAGAUCCGGCGCCAAUAAAGGCUGUCGAUCAGGAUGUGGGAAUUAGUGCACCUGUUCGAUAUUCCGUUCAAGGCGGAAUUUUACCAUUCUUGAACCUAAAUCCCGAAACUGCCGAUCUUAUCGUGACGAGACCGUUACAGGAUCAUGAACUCGUUGCUCCGACGACUAUAGUAAUUAAGGCCACGCAACUUGAUAAUCUGGAUAGGUACGCUUUGGCGACGGUUAUUGUUUCCCGAGAAGGAGGAUACGGUGCUGCUCCAACUGCAGAAGGACGUCUACCUGUAAGAUUCGUUUUAAAGGACUAUCAGAGCAGUAUUCCAGAAAAUACUCCACCUGGAAGUGUAAUUCUCACCGCUGGAGUGAAUAAAAUUGAUAUUAAUUUAAGAUUCUGGCUAAUGGGCGCAGUUGAGGAUUUAGAAAGAUUCUCUAUAACGAAUUCGGGUGAAUUAAUCCUAAAAGGAGUGUUGGAUUACGAAAAAAGAGUUCAUCACACUUUUUUCGUUCAUGUCACCGAUGGACAUCAUAAUGAUACGUCAAGAGUAAAUAUAUCAGUAGAAGAUGUAAAUGAAUGGGAGCCGAGAUUUCGCCAUCCGAGAUAUGAAUUUCAUGCUCGAACUAUGAGAGAGGGCUCUAUAGUUGGGAGGUUGGAAGCUGCUGAUGGAGACAGAGGCGAUCGAGUUUCACUAUCAUUGAGAGGUCCAGAUGCGAGAUCAUUCGAGAUUCGAGAUAAUGGAGAAUUGAUUUUAAGAAAUACGGGAUCUUUUAAUGGAAGUCUCGCUCGUCUUGUCGCUAUUGCUUCUGAUACUGGAAGACCUCCGAGAUCAAGCAUGAUUCCUGUGAUCGUUCAUCUUCCGAAUAAUGGAAUAGUACCAAUUGCAGCAAGAGCAUCUCCUGCAUGGCUCACUAGCAGUGUACUUUUAGUGGCAGUUUUCGGAGGAGUUUUAGGACUACUCGGCGUAGUCAUUUUAAUUUUAAUUAUGUAUAUUUAUAAAAAUAAGAGACCGAAAGGAGGAGACUCUGUGAGUUCGAUGGGAACGGGUUACAGAGAAAAAUCCCCAGUUCCUUCAGCCUUAAGUCCCACGCCACAAAUUUUGGGGGCCAGUAUUCUUCAUGAUACGUUAGACAAUCCUAGAGAUAAUCUUCGGGAGAGCAACGAUAUAGAUAAUCCUGUUUUUGGAGAGGAUAAUGAUACUCCCUUCAAUGCAACUCUUAAAAGUGUGAUGUCAGCGCGACAAAUGCCACUUUAUUCGCGACACAAAGUGGCACCAGCGCCAAGUCCACCGGUUCUAUCGGCGACCUCAAAUAUUCCAAAUGUGGGCGGCUUAGUUCAAAAUAUGAACGAUCUGAGUGCAAGAACACAUGCAAAUUUAGAUGCGGGUUCACAUAAUUCGUCAAAUUAUUCAGCCGAUCCACCUGAUUCAUUAGCUCCCACCUGGCCAGCCGGAUCUAUUUCUCAGCGAGUGAAAAAAUUAUCCUGGGACGACGACGAUCGGACGGUGGACAGUGUGGACGUAGAUGCGGAAACUCGAGCCGGAAGCAGUCAAAUCGGAAAUGAGCAGCUCAAUCUCACAGUGUACUUUUGAAAGAUAAAACCUUGGUUUUCGUAAAAUAGAAACAACACGGGACAAUGCCUUUUAUCGACAAGUAUUGUUCCUAUUAUUAUUAUUCUCAGUUAAAUAAUUUACAUUCAGUUACCGUAUUAAAAUCCCCGUAAUUGAAAAGCGAAAAUAUUAAAAAAAUUGUACGUGUAUUAUAUAUUUUUUAAAAGUAUCAUUUUUUAUUUCUAAGUUUUAUUAUUAUUAUUAUAUUAUUAUUAUAGAUUUUAAAUCGUUUUUUAAACAUAGGUUCAAAUUUUUAUACGUGGAAUUUGUUACAUGUUUUAUUGAUUCAUUAAUUGAUUGAUAAUAAAAAAGUGUAUUAGCUUUA